AUGCCGGCAGCCGCUGAGACAUCAGAGCGACGCGGCAUCCGGGGCUUGUUCAAGCGCGCUGCUCCAACCAACGCCGCCCUGCAUAUAGCUGCCACCAGCACGACCCACGACAGCAGCAACGCCCCUGCACCAGCAUCACACCACGACCACACCAGCGAUCGCGUCCCACCCCAUUCGCACACAUCGACCACUUGGGGACCGCAUCAUCGACGCGACAGCAGCAUCUUGAGCCUAACCACGAGCGUUACGGAAGGCGUCAAAAGAAGUGUCUCAUUGCGGAGCCAUCGAACGAAUUUGAGCAGCGGGAGCAGCUUCGGUGGAGGGCUGAAGGGCGGUGGAGGGAGGAGUACGUCCAGCGGGAACGUCUUCACACCGCUGAGCAGUCACGCGAGCCCGGUGGAGGACGCAGAGGCCAAGGACAUCAUACCUGUAACCAUCAGCCCGAAGAAAGAGAGACACACAUCAACGCUGGCGCAACACGUCAACAGCAAAGACCCGCAGGCCAAGGACAACGCGCCGCCACUGAAAAGGAAGAUCUCCCUGGCAAAAGGACUCUCCCAUAAAUUCAGGUCGACGGAAGCCCUACCCACCCUCAACGCGCAAGCUCUCGCGCACAUCAACCUGGACGGCGUCAAAGCUCGCUCUCCUCCCGACGGCAGCUAUCAAAAUCCCCUAUCGCCCAUACCCUCCGCUGGAGCGCCUAUGUUGGUCGUAACACCAGGAGGCCAUGCGCCGCCCACCAUGACCAGGAAACUGUCCGCCGCACCCGCAGACCUGCCCAAUCCCCGACCUGGCGUAGGCCUCCAUACGCAAAGCAGCUUCUCCCGCGACAUCUCCUCCGCGCAUAGCAAUCAUCCCAAUGGCGCGCCUCUCUCCCAUACACCCAGUGCGCCAACGACGAUAGGAGGAGGGUCUCUCAAUCCCAACACAAUAUACACCCAAAUUCAAGAAACCUCCGCUAAACGCAUGGUCACGAUAGACUACAUGCGCCGACUUCACGACGGUGAUAUCUUCUACUUCAGUACUCUGCAUUAUUCACCUGCAGGCCUCUCAGCCAUGCCCUCUUUGCAUCCCCACAAGCUUGGCCGUCGCGCAACGAAUUACUUCAUCCUCGGACACAGCCUACCCGCUCUACUGGACAUGAACUGCGCCAACCCGCUAGAGUACCUCAAAGCUCUGUCCGCCUUACUCGUGGAAUUUGAGACCUUCCAGAACUUGUCCGGCUUCGAUGCAAGUGGAAAUGUCACAAGGACUGGCAGGGUAGGAGCCAUGUUCAAGAGCGGAAUGGGACUAAAUCGAGGCAAGGGAGGAAGGAGGAGCAGCACCGCGAUCGACACCGUCGGCAACCUAGAUCCCAGGCAGGCAGACCUCCUAGGCAUGCCAACGUCCGCCCGAAACACCAGCGGCGACUCCGGCUUCCCCCACGACCUCAGCUCCCCUGUAAACCCCACCGGCCACGAAUUCACCUACCUCCUAACCCCCCACCUCCCCUUCGAGCCCGACUUCUCCACCACUCUCGGCACUCUCUGCGACACCUUAAUCGACACCUACGGCAAACUCCUCGACCUCGUCAACGGCCCUGACUCCUGCACGCCCAUGGUUGGCACAGAGUUCGCCAAAGCCGACAAAGCAAUCCGCAAAAUAUUGGUCGCAAACGUCGUCAGAGAAUUCGAAGAUACCACGAGAAACGGCAUUAAGGGGGAGAUAGCGGGGCUGGGGAAGUUGGCGCUUGGUGGGCUUAUGUAG